AGGUUCGUGCAGUUGAACCUCAUACAGGGCUGAAGAAGCGAGAUGGUAAGUCGGCCAAUGGUUAUAUGGAUAGACACACACCGUCUCUUGCUUUCAGUAUUUAUUGUGUUUAACUUAUUUUUUUUUAUAUAAUAGACGACUUAUUUAAAAUAUGGAAUGGAGUUUUUACACAUUCUGCAAGACAAAUGAAACCGAGAUUGUCAUUAUUUUUAAUUAAAAGGACUUGAACUAAAUCAGCAUCUCUUAAAUGUUCAUAAUUCCUUUGUCUAUAAAACUGUGUAUUAAGUAUUUUUUCCAGAUUCAUUAUUUAUAUUUAAUUAUUUUAGAACGGUAACCCUAAUCCUAUUGACUGUAAACAAAAGACCCGUAAACCUAAGGAACGCAAACCUAAGGACUGUAAACCUAAGGUUCAUAAGCCUAGGGACUGUAAACCCAAGGACUGUAAACCUAAGGUUCAUAAGCCUAGGGACUGUAAACCCAAGGACUGUAAACCCAAGGACUGUAAACCCAAGGACUGUAAACCCAAGGACUGUAAACCCAAGGACUGUAAACCCAAGGACUGUAAACCCAAGGACAGUAAACCUAAGGUCUGUAAACCUAAGGACUGUAAACCCAAGGACUGUAAACCCAAGGACUGUAAACCCAAGGACUGUAAACCCAAGGACUGUAAACCCAAGGACUGUAAACCUAAGGACUGUAAACCCAAGGUCUGUAAACCUAAGGACUGUAAACCCAAGGACUGUAAACCUAAGGACUGUAAACCUAAGGACUAUAAACAUAAGGACUGUAAACCCAAGGACUGUAAACCUAAGGACUGUAAACCUAAGGACUGUAAACCUAAGGACUGUAAACAUAAGGACUGUAAACCUAAGGACUGUAAACAUAAGGACUGUAAACCCAAGGACUGUAAACCCAAGGACUGUAAACCUAAGGACUGUAAACCCAAGGACUGUAAACCCAAGGACUGUAAACCCAAGGACUGUAAACCCAAGGACUGUAAACCCAAGGACUGUAAACCCAAGGACUGCAAACCCAAGGACUGUAAACCCAAGGACUGUAAACCCAAGGACUGUAAACCCAAGGACUGUAAACCCAAGGACUGUAAACCCAAGGACUGUAAACCCAAGGACUGUAAACCCAAGGACUGUAAACCCAAGGACUGUAAACCCAAGGACUGUAAACCCAAGGACUGUAAACCCAAGGACUGUAAACCCAAGGACUGUAAACCCAAGGACUGUAAACCCAAGGACUGUAAACCCAAGGACUGUAAACCCAAGGACUGUAAACCCAAGGACUGUAAACCCAAGGACUGUAAACCCAAGGACUGUAAACCCAAGGACUGUAAACCCAAGGACUGUAAACCCAAGGACUGUAAACCCAAGGACUGUAAACCCAAGGACUGUAAACCCAAGGACUGUAAACCCAAGGACUGUAAACCCAAGGACUGUAAACCCAAGGACUGUAAACCCAAGGACUGUAAACCCAAGGACUGUAAACCCAAGGACUGUAAACCCAAGGACUGUAAACCCAAGGACUGUAAACCCAAGGACUGUAAACCCAAGGACUGUAAACCCAAGGACUGUAAACCCAAGGACUGUAAACCCAAGGACUGUAAACCCAAGGACUGUAAACCCAAGGACUGUAAACCCAAGGACUGUAAACCCAAGGACUGUAAACCCAAGGACUGUAAACCCAAGGACUGUAAACCCAAGGACUGUAAACCCAAGGACUGUAAACCCAAGGACUGUAAACCCAAGGACUGUAAACCCAAGGACUGUAAACCCAAGGACUGUAAACCCAAGGACUGUAAACCCAAGGACUGUAAACCCAAGGACUGUAAACCCAAGGACUGUAAACCUAAGGACUGUAAACCCAAGGACUGUAAACCUAAGGAGUGUAAACCCAAGGACUGUAAACCUAAGGACUGUAAACCUAAGGACUGUAAACCUAAGGACUGUAAACCUAAGGACUGUAAACCCAAGGACUGUAAACCCAAGGACAGUAAACCCAAGGACUGUAAACAUAAGGACUGUAAACCCAAGGACUGUAAACCUAAGGACUGUAAACAUAAGGACUGUAAACCCAAGGAGUGUAAACAUAAGGACUGUAAACCUAAGGACAUUAAACUUAAGGAAUGUUAAACUUAGGACUGUAAACCUAAGGACAUUAAACUUAAGGAAUGUAAACCUAAGGACUGUAAAGCCAAGGACUGUAAACCCAAGGACUGUAAACCUAAGGACUGUAAACCCAAGGACUGUAAACCCAAGGACUGUAAACCCAAGGACUGUAAACCCAAGGACUGUAAACCAAAGGACUGUAAACCCAAGGACAGUAAACCCAAGGACUGUAAACAUAAGGACUGUAAACCCAAGGACUGUAAACCCAAGGACUGUAAACCCAAGGACUGUAAACCCAAGGACUGUAAACAUAAGGACUGUAAACCCAAGGAAUGUAAACCAGUAAACCUAAGGACUGUAAACAUAAGGAAUGUAAACCCAAGGACUGUAAACCCAAGGACUGUAAACCCAAGGACUGUAAACCCAAGGACUGUAAACCCAAGGACUGUAAACCCAAGGACUGUAAACACAAGGACUGUAAACCCAAGGACUGUAAACCCAAGGACUGUAAACCCAAGGACUGUAAACCUAAGGACUGUAAACCCAAGGACUGUAAACCCAAGGACUGUAAACCUAGGGACUGUAAACCCAAGGACUGUAAACCCAAGGACUGUAAACCCAAGGACUGUAAACCCAAGGACUGUAAACAUAAGGACUGUAAACCCAAGGACUGUAAACCCAAGGACUGUAAACCUAAGGACUGUAAACAUAAGGACUGUAAACCCAAGGACUGUAAACCUAAGGACUGUAAACCCCAGGACUGUAAACCCAAGGAAUGUAAACCAAAGGACUGUAAACCUAAGGACUGUAAACCCAAGGACUGUAAAACCAAGGACUGUAAACCUAAGGACUGUAAACCCAAGGACUGUAAACCUAAGGACUGUAAACCCAAGGACUGUAAACCCAAGGACUGUAAACCCAAGGAGUGUAAACCCAAGGACUGUAAACCCAAGGACAGUAAACCCAAGGACUCUAAACCCAAGGACUGUAAACCCAAUGACUGUAAACAAAAGGACUGUAAACCCAAGAACUGUUAACCUAAGGACUGUAAACCCAAGGACUGUAAACCUAAGGACUGUAAAAAUAAGGACUGUAAACCCAAGGACUGUAAACCCAAGGACUGUAAACCUAAGGACUGUAAACCCAAGGACUGUAAACCCAAGGAGUGUAAACCCAAGGACUGUAAACCCAAGGACAGUAAACCUAAGGACUCUAAACCCAAGGACUGUAAACCCAAGGACUGUAAACCAAAGGACUGUAAACCCAAGAACUGUAAACCCAUGGACUGUAAACCCAAGGACUGUAAACCUAAGGACUGUAAACCCAAGGACUGUAAACCUAAGGACUGUAAACCCAAGGACUGUAAACCCAAGGACUGUAAACCCAAGGACUGUAAACCCAAGGACUGUAAACCCAAGGACUGUAAACCUAAGGACUGUAAACCUAAGGACUGUAAACCCAAGGACUGUAAACCCAAGGACUGUAAACCUAAGGACUGUAAACCUAAGGACUGUAAACCCAAGGACUGUAAACCCAAGGACUGUAAACCCAAGGACUGUAAACCCAAGGACUGUAAACCCAAGGACUGUAAACCUAAAUACCGUUACAAAUGGUAUGGGGAUUCUCCUCCCUGGUCAAAAUGUCCAGAUUCAUAUUAAUUUGAAAAAAAUCCACCAUGUUUAUUCAUGUCUUGGACCUCCCAAAUGUUUUACUCCGGUUUUGUUUACAGACACUUUUAUCCGGGAGAUUUUUUUGGGGUGGGGGGCGCAGGGGGGACAGGACUUCUAUCAGUACCGAAAUUAGGCAUCAUGUCGACCAGCGUAAGCUCAGGUCAGCAUACAUAAAACGAAUUAAUUCCGGUUUUAAUGCCCCUCUAAUUUUAUUAAUAAACGAAGGACAGCUUUCAUGCUAUGUGAAGGAAACAGUGGAACAAGGUAUGGUGAGGCUUGAAAUCCUUAGUUCCACUAUUUCAGUGGUUCUUAACCUUUUUGGAGGUACUGAACCCCACCAGUUUCAUAUGCUCAUUCAGCGAACCCUUUUUAAUAGGAAAAAAAAUAUGAUUUCUUUUCUUUUUUUUUUUUUUGGCUCUCCAUCGAACCCCUGAGACUGACCCACCGAACCCAUGGGGUUCGAUUGAACCCAGGUUAAGAACCACUGCGCUAUUUCCUUGCAGUGCUCUUUCAGCCCAAUAUUAUUAUAGAAAAGUAUAUAAAUACUAAAUUAAAUGAAACUAGUAUAUAUGCAAAUUCAAGUAAAUUGUUUCUAAUAAAUAUCACUGUUUUUUUUUUUAUAUUUUUUUUUUUAAAGCCGCUGUGGUCAUUUCGAACCAAUCCCCUCCAAGAUUUGGAGGGCCCACGAUCAAUGUAUUGAUUAUUCUGGCUCAUUUAGAUAUAGAUUAUUCAUUCUACUUUGAAUUUGUUUUAUGCUUAUAAAAUAUUUUUUUUUUGCUUAAACUGUUUCAUAUAGAAAUUUUUUUAAAUAAAUAUUAAAUUGUAUCACACUUCAAAGAAUGUAUCAACAAAAAAAAAACAACAACAAUUGGUCACCUUAAUUUAUUGCAAUUUAAAAAACACAAUACUAAUUCUACAUUCUUUCAAUUGACUUGUAGCUAGCAGCUACGACGCCUAUUAUGAUUUUAAGACCUCAUCAUUCAAAGAUCACCCCAACGUGGUCAGAGUUGAGAACUUCGAGGGGUCUGCUUGCAGCACAAGAGGUGAGACAUUUUGGGGGGAUAAAUGGCAGCACUAGAGGUGAGUUAUUGUGUUGGGAUAAAUGGCAGCACUAAAGGUGAGAUAUUUUGGUGGGAUGACUUGCCUGGAGCGGCAUUUGUUGUCAAAUUUUUACAUCAUUUCGGUAUCUUUUGUGGUUUCAAUGAGACGUAGGAGGUGUCAAAGUUUAGUACCAGCCCCGUCCCCGGCGUUACAAAACUCUAGCCACUCCACUCUUAGGUGGGAUGCCACUACUGUAUAAAGAGAAGCGACUAUUAGGCAAACCUUAACACUGUUACUAUAAAGAAAACCUUGUGCUGUCAACGUUAGGCAACUUUUGACGCUGACACUAUUAGAAAUAAUCCCAAUUGAUUUCCUCAGGAACAGUCAUAAAUAAAACAAUGCCGUUUCUUUUCCAACUGUUAACUUGCAUUAAUCUCCAAAGCUUUAAAAAAAAAUAAAAAAAAUUACCCCACUUUCUCUGAAAUGCCCCCCCCCCCAAAGCACAUUUAUCAUUUAAUAAACGUAGUGCCACAAAUGGGGAAGUUUUUGAUUGAUUGAUUGAUUGAUUGAUUUGAUAUUUAUAUCGGUGUUCUUAAAUCCAUUUAAACAAAAAAGUUUUGAAAUGUUUCUUAAGUGAUUUUUUAUCAUUUUCAAUUCUCUUUAAAGAUUGAGGCAAACUGUUCCAUAAUUUUGGCGCUGUCCCUUCAAAAGAGCGCACUCCGUAAGACUUUUUUCUGUGUUCAUUCACACUAGGAACUCUCAGUUAUAAGGACUGUGUUGAAAACCGCAGGCUCUUCAAUGAUACAUGCUUAUAAAUCAUUUCUUUGAGAUAUUCCGGUGCUGAGCCAUCUAUGCAGCUGUGCGCCAGGGACAGAAUUUUGUAGUUAAUGCGCUCACUCACAGGAACCCAAUGAUAAUCUCGUAGAACUGGGGUGAUGAGAACUGGGGUGAUGUGGUCAGAUUUCUUCAUCCGCAAAACAAUGCGCGCUGCAGUAUUUUGUAUCUUUUGGAGUCUCUGAACUUGGUUCUGAGGUAAACCCCACAAACAACUAUUACAGUAAUCUAAUCUUGACUGGAUUAGAAGUACGCUAUAGCAUUGGCCGUUCUCCCAUUGCAUUGAGGACGCAACUGACACAGGGCAUACAGAUGACGGAAGCAUGCCUUGAACAAAGUUCCGAACAAAACACAUUAUAAAUAGCAUGAAGCAGCCAAUGGAGCGCCGUUGUUAAGCUCCACACCAGUCAUUUGUGACACAAUUUUAGGAAGAUUGUUGUAUUCUCUCCAUCAUGGGAACAGGAAAAACAUACAUCACAUAACACUGUUAUGUUACUAACAGUCAAAAUAUCUAUUCCACAGGUGUUCUCAAGAUAACCUUACCUAAAGACGAUGCCAGCAAGCGAAGAAUUAAGUUGGACAUGGACUUUGAGAACCCCACAGGCUGGACGUUCAACCUCGGUGAUUCAAGCACCAACAACGGUUGGGGUAAGGCUUGGUUUGUCAUAUGUUAGCAUCAAAUCGUUGUAGAGACGUAGAAAAGAUAUUAGUUAUACAGUACAAAAAGGUAUACAGUACGAAUAUGUAUGCAGUACAAAACGGUAUAUAGAGUACAAAUAAGUAUACAGCACAAACAAGUAUACAGAACAAAUAAGUAUAAAGUACAUAAAAGUAUACAGUACAAAGAGGUGCACAGCACAAUAGGUAUACAAUACAAAUAGGUAUACCGUAAAUAUGGGUAUAACGGAUAAUUAUGUACACAGUACUAAUAGGUAUACACGACCGGAAGAAGAAAGGUACUAAAAAUGCAAUGACGUAAUUGGUAUAGUCCUGAGUACACAAACCCAACACUAAACAAUAAAUCUUCAAUUAGAGUUUCCCUGCGCCCGGGUUUCCCCGCACAUGUCUUCUUUUAGGCCCCUGUCCGGGAGUCUUGGGGGCUUUCCAGUAAUAUGCUUUUGGUCCGGUUUUUCCCAUGUCCGUCCCUGAUCUAUACCUUCUUACUUACUUUUCCGUGUUAUAUACUAUUCUAUGCUAAUCAAAGAUGUCUGCGUCGCAUUUUACGCAUUCGAUGGCAGGACAAGAUGCCUAACACAGAGGUCUCGGAGCGUGCAAAAAUGUUUAGCAUAUUCUCCGCUCUUAGUAAGAGGCGCCUUGGCUUGUUAGGCCAUGAAAGGAGAAUAGGGGAAUGCUGAAUCCCAAAGAUGAUGCUGUAUGGAGAGUUGGCAGAAGGGAGAAGACUUGUUGGACGGCCGCGCCUAAGAUUUGAGGAUGUUUUCAAAAAUAGCAUGUGGGAAGCCAGCACUGCUAUCAACAAAUGGGAGAUCAUUGCCUAACAACGUUCCUGCAGGGGAACAGCAGUGUAUGAAGGAGUAAAAAAUGUAGAAGAUGCGCGAAAUGAAGCCAAUGCAAUGAAAAGAACAAUACGGACAACCAAACAUAACCAGGAAUCAAUAUUCUCCUGCGAGAAAUACAGUCGAGAUCGGCAUAGUGCACCCCUGAUCGAAGUGUAGGACUACAUAGCUACUCCAUCGUCUCGUGAAGACGGAAGAAUGACAUACAUACAUAUAUAUAUUUAUAUAUAUAUAUAUAUAUAUAUAUAUAUAUAAACCUCAUUUAGCGCAGUUAUUUGUAUUUUUAUUUCGUGAAGUCGGUGGCAUCAUAUUUCCCUAAUCGUUCCCUUGAAAAACUGGAAAAACUAAUUCUUGGGGAUUGAGGUUUAAGGGGUGGGGCUAAAAAUUUGAAAAGGCGUGUUGUCCAUAGCAACGAGUUUUUUUUUUGGCCGAAUUUCGAUAGAUUGACGGGAAGUGGGCCAAUUAGCCGUCUGAAAAAAUUAGCCAGACAGACACGAACAAAAGUGAAUGUAGAGGAUUUAAAAACUAUGCUGGAUUUCUUUAGCGAACCGUGUCUUUGUUCCUUUGUCGAUUAACAAUUUUUGCAACAAUUUAUUAUUAUUAUCUCUGCUUAUGGUUAUUAAUUACUAUCAUCAUUAGCUUUAAAGCUCAUCAUUACCCCUUACGUGUUCCAUUUUCUUAUAAAAUGUCUUCUUCAUUCAAGCUGGCGACGGAGCGUCACAGAGCAGAGACGCGGAGGUUCAAGGCAACGACAAGUCAAUCUCAGGUUACUACAGUGACAAUGGUGGCAGUGGUCAGGCUUUUAACAUCCCAAAUCUGUAUAGGUGAGUGAACGACUCACGGGGUAAGGCGAUUGCGAUUGACAAACAUGUGUUUGAUCUAAAAGACAUUUAGGGGAGACAGUGUAGAGUGCAGAUAGUGAAAUAAAAAUAAGUAAAGUUAGCAGUGUAAACUCUGCGAAGAAGAGUUUUUUUGUUUUUGUUUUUACGUUGACGUGAUAAUAAAUUGGCCCUGAGGCUACGAGUUAGUAGAAAUAUUUGUCAGAACUUUGUUUGAAGGCAGAUGCAAACAUAUUUGAACUAAAGAGCCUAUACCAAGCGAUGAAAAACUUCGUGAUGUCAAACCAAGAAGGCAAGGCCAAGACUGGGAGGCAAUACAACUAUAAAAUUGCCCAAACUUACAUGAAGGCUAUUUUUUAAAAUAAAUUAUUUAUUAUUUGUGCUACUGUUUCUUUGUUAUUCAAACUGACUACCAAUAAUAAACAUCAUAUUGUUCUACAUUAUGUGCCCAGUAAUCACCUGACCUUAAUAGCCGGGGAUGAGAUCCUGGUUUGGACUGCUGACCACGACCCAACCAAGACGAACUCCUUCUCAAGCCCCGGCUGGUACGCCUUAAACGGACAGCCCGACCACGAGGGACCUGUCAACUAUGACCUUUACCUUGGCAUCAACAGGGUCAUAUCUGGAGGAAACUACAAUGGGCGCGUGGGUUCCGGUCUCUGCCGAGUCGGCAUCAAGUUUCUGCCGGCUGUUUAGUUGAUGGCUCAUUGUUCAACUGAUUGCUGAUUAUUUAGUUGAUGGCUGACUGUUUAACUGAUCGAAAUUCUCAAAUAACACUUGUAAGCUAAACUGAAACACUGAAACGUUGCAUUAAACGAUUUAAAUCUCUUACAAAAAUCUCCCAUUAAAUCAUUUAUAUAGUGUUGUCGUC